AAGGAAAAGUUUUAGGAAACAACAUGGCAGACGACAAUGGCUGAGGUGGUACGGCGGACAGACCAAUAUUCUCCAAAAUCGAGCCCUCGCGGCUCCCGCUCGCCGGUUGUGUCUCGUCAGGACACAACCGGAACACUUAAGACGACAAUUUCUCUCGGCAAGACUCCAGCCAUUGUUCACAGCGGUCCGUUUUAUCUCAUGAAAGAACCUCCAAAGAGUGAGCUCACCGGCGCCACAAACCUGAUGGUAUCAUAUGGAUUGGAGCACUCCUACAACAAAUUCAGCGGUCGUAAGGUCAAGGACCAGCUCAGUGCUUUCUUGCCCAAUCUGCCAGGCAACAUCGAUGCUCCCGGCGAUCAAGACAACAGUUCACUACGCUCUCUCAUCGAAAAGCCACCCGUCGGUGGAAAGGAGCUCCUGGCCCUUACCGCCGCCCAACUGGUCGGCUUCAGGCUUCAUCCCGGACCGCUGCCUGAACAGUAUCGCAUGAUGAGCCAGCAACCACAACGAAAGAAGCACAAGCAUAAAAAGCACAAGCACAAAAUGGGUGACACACCCAAUCAUGAAUCUCAACAGCAGGAAAAUGCCUCCGAUGCCUCCCACGAGAAGAAACACAAGAAGCAGAAACGGCACGACGAAGAGAAAGAACGGAAGAAAAAGAAGAAAGAAAAAAAGAAGAAAAAGAAGCACAGUCCCGAAGCCACACCAGCCAAUCCUGGCAACCCAGCACUUUCCAAUGGUUCCCAAAGGGUCAUCUAAAGGUUCACAAGUUCAGACACAGCGCUCAGCCAUGCCCAUUCACGCAUCAUAAUUGUACCAUUGCCUCUGCCUUAGCAUGUAAACCUGCCAAAAAUAUACAGGGGCUGGAUCUGG